UGUCUCUCAUCAACGAGAAGCCGACAGCUCUCGAGUCGAGUCGAGUCGAGUCGGCUGUUGUGCUUCAGGAUUACAAAAAUCGAGCUCAUUUUAUUUGUUUCCAAAGGAGAGAAAAGCGGAAAAGUACGACACAUUGCAAGCGGCAUUGAAAAACCAUGGUCUCUUCCGAAGCCUUUGCGCCCAAUGAUGCACCAACCACAACACCCAAAAUGGGCGAUCUGAAGGCGGCAGAAGACCCAGCUCAGGUUACCACACAAGGCAGCGGGCGUUGUUGCAGACUUGAGCUGGAAGACAUCCCCGAUGCACUUGCUCAGCCAGGAAAGCAAAGCCUGGAAGAUGCCGACACCGAGCACACGGAGACUCCGUCCAGUUGUGAUUCCUCGGACGGAUUUAGCGGGGGUGCCAAUGAAGACGACGGAUUUGAUCAUUCCUCGCCAACUGCUGCGUCAGAGCAAGACCAGCCUGAAGUUUUGCAGCAAGAACAGGAGACUUAUGACUCUUGGCAGUUGGAAUCAUCUGCCUUGGAAGAGUCAUUGGAUGUUUCUGAAGGGCCCACAAAACAAGUGCCACAAGAGCUUGCAACAUCAGAAGACCAAGAAGGACUUGUUUCAGAGGAACCAACAGAGGAAGUUCGCCAACUGCCGAACACCCAGCCGGGCGGUCCAGAAGAGUCAUUGCCAUCUACUCCAGAGCCGAGCUCGCAAUCGGUUGAUGUAGAUGUGGAUGAGGUUGCAGGUGUGGAUGUGGAUGAGCUCAUGGACCAAGCGGUAGAGCCAGAUCUUACAGCUGGGCACGUGGAGGAGCCGCCAAUUGCUGAUGAAGACCUGGAUUCUGGCUCCCAAUCGGUGGCUGUUGAUGUGGAGGAUCUCGUGCCAAUGGCACCUGGAGAGGAGACAAAGCCAGUUGGUAAUCAAGGCGAGAAAUCUGCUACCGGUAGACGUGUCUCCUUCUCGAAGAUAGAAAUAAGAGAGUAUCCAAGGUGCUUGGGAGAUCAUCCUUGUGUUGUGGUGGGUCCUCCUUUAUCCAUUGGCUGGAAUCCCUCCGGUCGAUAUGAGUUGGACUUGGACGAGUACGAACAAUCGAGAGAGUACGAUAUUCGUGCUGCAGCUGCUGCCAGCAUUGCUGCUGCUGAAGCCAGAAAGGCUGCAGCCUUGGGGGAAGAGAAGGUUGACGAGGAAAAGCUCGCUAGAUUGCUGGAGGAAAAGCUGAGGAGACGACCCACUAAGCGAAGAACUCCCAUGCAGUACAAUAUUUCGGUUCGCAAACGAAUUGAGAUCCUUCAAGAGGAGUGCUCCAAACACAACGAAGAGGCUGAAGCAAAUGGCACUCUGUGCUCUGGGGCCGAGAUCAAAGCUCGCAUCCGUGAGAUGCAAAAGAUCAAGAUUCAACGAAUCCGUUCGGCGUACAUGAAAGAUUUUGAAGGCAUCUUUAUGAUUAGAGAAACUCUUCAGCUGAAGCUGCAGAAGGUUUGGAGAAAGGCACGGAAGUCCAGGGCCGAGGCUGACCAAGAGAAGCAGAUGUUGCUGGCUGCGUGUGGCAGCUAUAUCAGCGAAAGUGAGAAGCGCGCUCCAAAAAUGGAUCGUAGGAGCAGCCUCAAGGCCAUCAAGGCGCCAAAAGAGAACAUUGAUGGUAUUUUAUGAGUGUAUACCUAUACUGUGCUUCCAAGGAGACUAGGACAAUCACCCAACACUUGUGUUAGAGCAACGCAGAGAGGCAACUAAGACUUAUCAUGUAUUGCCAUGUUGAGUUCCUCCUGUCGUUUAUUCAUGAAUCACAGCACUGUGUCGAGGUGCAGAAAGACAGAUACAUUUACAUUGUAAUAGGAAACUCUUGUAGACUAAAAAUGGUUUCCGUUCGCUCUUGUUUUUGCC